UUUCAUUACAGUUCAUUAGAGAACAAGUCGGUAUCCAAACAAAGUCAUGAAAACCAACGAUGGUCUACUAUUUAUGAAAAGACCUGAAAAUCCAAAGCAGAUAACUGAAAGAAAGAAAGUUGAUUUGGAGAAUGGAGAGCAUAAUUAUUCAAAGAACUUUGACAAGACGUUGACAAAAGAAGAAGAAGAUGCAACGAGUUUUUCGUCAAAGUUACUUGAGCAUAAAUCUCAAUUAGAGAGUCGUCUACUCACUCGUGAAGAUCUGAUUAAUUUAGACAAAAUUGAACCUCGUUGGAGAUAUAUUCGAAUAGGAUUAUUAAUUGGAUUUGGGAUUAUAUUUUUUGGCCUUUUAGCAGCAUGUAUUGUUUACAUAAUUGUUGGAGAAAAAUGCCCAUCUGUGCCUAAAUUACCAUUUUGGAAAUCAACAGUUGGUUACUGGUUAGAUGUGUUUGCAUUUAAAGACUCUACAGGCGAUUUAGUCGGUGAUUUGAAUGGACUCACAUCUGAAGUAGAUUACAUCAAAACUGUAGUCGGUGCAGGAUAUGUGAUAUUGGGUCCCAUUACUAAAGGAUUUUACACUAAUUCAUACAAUAUGCUCGGAUUAGUGGAAGAUUACGAGCAGGUAGAUGAGGCAGUCGGCACAAUGGAUGAUUUUCGUGUUCUUUUAAAAAGAUUUCAUAAAAACGGUAUAAAGGUGGUCCUGACUUUCAACUUCAAUGCCAUAUCCAUCAAUCAUAAAUGGAUUUCAGAAAAUGAAGUCAAACUGAAUUUGUUUAAAAAUUCUCCUAAUAAUAGCGUAAAGUUAUUGUCUUUCUUUCAUAAUCACCUCAUAAUUUAUUUUACAUAAAGAUGUCACGAUACGGAAAAGCGAUCAAUGUAGAUAUCGGUGAUCAGAAGUUUUAUUCUGUAUUUGGAUCACCGAAUGUAGAUCUAGAUUUAACUUCUUCCGAAACUCAGAAAGCAAUAUUUGAUGUGAUCCACUUUUGGAUGAAAGAAGGAAUAGAUGGAAUUCUCCUGGAUAAUGCUGCAUUUUUUGUUGAAGAAGAAGAAGAAGAAGGAACACAAAGCAACCUCGGUUCAACAUGGUCGGAAAACUGUCCUAAUUCUCAAUUAUAUAGAAAUGGAAGCGUGAAAUUUGUUGAAAGUGUAAGAGAAGAAAUGAACAAGUGGAUUAAGGAAAGUGGGAAAGAAAAAUUAUUGGCUGUGAACUCUGGUGAUACAGGUUGUGGUGUGGGAGAUAAUCCAGAUCCAAUGUUAAUGUUCAGAGAUGCGGCUGAUUUAAUAAUCAGUCGCGAAUUGGUUUUCAAUAGGGGUAGUAGUGAAACCCGAGUAUCAUUCAGCAAAACAUCCAUAGAGAAAUAUUCUACAUAUUCAGACUCUGAUAGGGAGAAAUUAGGAUUGAUAGCAAGUACUUCAAAUAAUCCAACAGAUUCAGAUGUGAUUCAGCUUGCAUUAACAUUAUUAUUACCAGGACAACCAAUAAUUUAUUAUGGAACUGAGACGGGUAUCAGUACCAUGGAAUUAUCUCUUAUUCCGGAAAAGUUAUAUCCAAAAGGGAAACGUUACAAUGAUGAAGUGGGAUUUUGGUCUACACGAUCUCAUUUACCAAUGCCAUGGGAUUUCAAUGGGAGGAGAUUUUCAGCAACAAUAAAUGACUCUAGUUUUAGUGACUAUUUGGAUGGUUAUUCACAUAAGGAAACCGUUGAAAUUCAGCUUGCUGAGGGAAAUAAUCUAUCAAAACUUCAUCUCGUUAAGAAAUUGGUGACUUUACAUCAGCAUCAUAGUUUGAAAUGGGGAACAAUGGAGCGGAUAAGUUUUGGUGAAGCAUCGUCGGAUCAUGUAGAAGCAUUUGUACGAAAGGCAAAAGGAUUCCCAUCAUUCAUUGUGGUAAUAUUGAAGCAGUUAAUGGAGGAUUAUCUUUUGGAUCUCACUUCUGUUUGUUCAUCAGUUACAUCGAAAAUAAUUUAUCCUUCACAUCCACAUUUACAAGUUGACAUUCCAUUAACAACUUCAAAAAUAUACAUUCCGAAAAUGGACAAUUCAAACUACAUCUUAGUAUUUCAUUGUAAUUGAUUAGAUCUUUAUCGUAUUUGAAAUCCUCUAAUCAACAUUUCAGAUUGAUUCGAAUCUGACAUGGAAUAACAAAUUGUAAUCUCAUUCACUACUCUGUUUAUUGUGACUUUCUACAUUCAUUUUGUUAGUGUAUUGAAUUUGACAUAAAAUUAUCUAUGGUGUAUAACCGUUUUCAUUUUAUUGUAAAUCUCUGAUUUUCAUGGAGAUUGUGAAUUUGUCUGUCAACAUACUUCGAAUCAGAGAGGAAGUGACUAUUCUGUGGAGAUUCUAUGUGACAUUCAAUGAUGAAAGACUGUUUGCUGGAUGUUUUAUUAUUCAACAACACAUUUUUGUGAUUGUGAAUAUUUGUUAAAAUUUAAUUCGAUUUUUUUUGAAUUUCACACACCAUAAUCUUACCUCGGUUCCUGUUUUAAUUAAACACAUACCUACAGAUUAUCAUGUCAAUUGUUUUCUAUCGGUGUCAGUCAUUAUUGCUUAACACAAGACUAAAAAAACAACAAAUUUUGUCUUUAUACUUGUACGUGAAUAUUGAACUUGCAUGAGUUGCUCUUCAUCUCUAAUUUGUACUAGAUUUAAAUGAUUUGAUAUGCUUUAAUUAUUUGUUUAAAUAGGCAAGUUUGUGGUUAUUAAGUUGUAAAUGUUCAAUUAUAUACAACUCUUCUGCACUUUUAUAAUUAUCUCUUCCAAUGACUGCAAUAUUACUAGCUGUACUACUUAUAAAAAUAAUAAUAAUAAUGACAAUCUUAUCACUAUAAUUUCAGUGUAUACUAGUAUCAGCAUGACAAUAAUGAAUAUUAUCAUCUUACUAUUACCACGUCUCCCACUAUUCUAACCUGUUCGUCUCAUUUCGUAUUUGUUUGAUA